AUGAACGCCAUACUGGAUUGGUUUCAUCGUGAGAGGGGAAUACGGAUUGUAAAGUCGACGUUGUCUGUUAUUCUGAAAGAGUCCGAUGCGUGGCUUCAAGUUUCUUCAGCGGACGCUUCGUCAAUGAGGAAGACGUCGUUGGAACUGGAAGCACUUGAGCGAUCUUUGGUGCUUUGGGUCGAAAGCAUGACAGAGCGCAAAGCCGUGGUCAGCGACAUGAUGCUUGUAGAAAAGGCCCGUUUUCUCGGUCCCCUCCAGGACUACAGCCCUGAAGACAUCUACAACAUUGAUGAAACGGCGUUGUUUUACAGGCUCGGGCCCACCAGGACAUUAGCCGCCAACCCUGUUUCUGGUACUAAACGCAGCAAAGCAAGACUCACUGUUGGUCUUUUAUGCAACGCCUCCGGGACAGAUAAGUGCAAGCCAGUGGUCAUAGCAAAAGCGAUGCGACCACGGGACUUCGGAAAGAAGUUUUCUCCAGAAAUUUACUGUCACUACCAUGCAAACGGGAAGGCUUGGAUGACGUCCGAUAUUUUUGUGGACACACUACGGCAAUUCAACAGGCGGCUGCAACGAGAAAAGAGGCAGGCGAUACUCCUUGUCGACAACGCAGGGUGCCACAAGCUUCGCAGCGACACGUUUACGAAUCUUCGGGUGGAGUACCUUCCAGCCAACUCAACCUCCAAGAUUCAACCCCUAGAUGCCGGCAUCAUCAGAGCAGCUAAGGUUGCAUACCAGAGGGAACUUAUGCGCCACUACAUAGCCCUUGCCGAGGCUGGGGAAGAGCAGACGGUGGGUGUCCGCUGGUGCAUAAGGACGUUCAGCCGAGUCUGGGCUUCUGUCUCAGAAUCGACGACCAGGAACUGCUGGAGACAUACUGGAAUCCUUCCCAGUGCAGCAUGUGACGACGACGGUAACGACGACGGCUCGUUCUCAGACGACGACCUGCCCUUAGCAGAAUUAGAAAGGCAGAUGCGUAUCUUGGACCCAUCACUUCCGGACUCGGCCGCAGAGGAGUGCAUUUCCUACACUGACGGUGACGAUAUAUGUGAGCCGCUUAAUGAUGAUACUUUGGCGCGGUUGUCAGGCACUGUGAACACAGACAGUGAACACAGUGAUAAUGAAGAGCAUCAGCCUGGCGGCGGAGAACCUGUGACAGCUGGAUCAGCGUGGAAUCACAUCGAGAGCGCGAUACGGUACUUUGAGGACCGUGUGGAUGAGUCAAGUGUCAGACUUCUGUCAUCUCUUCUAAACAGGAUAGACCCUGCAGAAAGCCAGAAGCUGAUGGACCAGUAG